AAUAGUCCCCGCAGCAGCGAUGGGUGGGCGGAGGGGUGCCCGAGUCCCCGCUGAUGCCGUUCUCCCCUCUCUCUGCACAGGGGGGUUUGCAGAGCUGCUCCUGGUGCUGCUGGGGCUGAAGGUGCCCAGCGCCCUGGGCUGCCCCACCGACUGCGUGUGCUACCCGUCCCCGAUGACCGUCAGCUGCCAGGCUCACAACUUCGUCACCAUCCCCAAGGGCAUCCCUGAGGACAGCGAGAGGAUCUUCCUCCAGAACAACCAGAUCACCUUGCUGCUGCGGGGCCACUUCAGCCCCUCCAUGGUCACCCUCUGGAUCUACUCCAACAACAUCACCUUCAUCGACCCCAACACCUUCGACGGGUUCGUCAACCUGGAAGAGCUGGACCUGGGGGACAACCGCUACUUAAGGGCUUUAGCGGCAGACACUUUCCAAGGGCUGGUGAAACUCCACGCCUUGUAUCUGUACAAGUGCGGGCUGAGCUCCCUCCCCAGCGGGAUAUUCGGUGGCCUCCACAACCUGCAAUACCUUUACCUGCAAGACAACCACAUCGAGUUCCUUCAGGAUGAUAUUUUUGUUGACUUGGUUAACCUCAGCCAUCUUUUUCUCCAUGGAAACAAGCUCUGGAGUCUCCAUCAGAACACAUUCAGGGGACUAAUAAACCUGGAUCGCCUGCUCAUCCAUCAAAAUCAGCUGCAGUGGAUUCACAGGCGGGCUUUUCACGACCUCCGAAGAUUGACCACCCUCUUCCUGUUCAAUAACAGCCUCUCGGAGCUGCAGGGGGACUGCCUGGCCCACCUGGGUGCCCUGGAGUUUCUCAGGCUGAACGGGAACCCGUGGAGCUGCGACUGCAAAGCCCGUUCGCUCUGGGAAUGGCUGCACAGGUUCAGAGGCUCCAGCUCCAGCGUCAUCUGCGAGUCCCCUGAGCAGAUGCACGGCAAGGACCUCAAGGUGCUAAGAGCAGAAGACUUUAGGAACUGUUCGGGGUCCGAGUCGCUCCAUCAGAUAAAAACACAUACGUUCUCCACAGCAGACAGAGGAGCCUCCAAAACCCACCACCCUCACCACUCCUCCAAGGAGAAGGGGAAGGAGAGAGGGGCCGAGAACAGUUUGCACAGCAGCCAGCCCGCCGCCCCCCCCAGCUCCCGGCCGGGCUAUCGCAAACCCGGCAAGAACUGCACCAGCCACAAAAGCCGUAACCGAACCUUUAAACCGGUAUCCUUGGGGCCGCGGAAAAACGGGCAGGAGGUUCCAGACUAUGUGCCUGAUUAUCAGCACAAAUUCAGUUUCGGGGUGAUGCCAACGCUCCCCCCCAGACGCAAGGGUAAGUGUACCCGGCGGACGCCCAUCCGCGCCCCCAGCGGGGUCCAGCAGGCAGCCGGCUGCGCGGGGCUCAGGGCAUCGCUCCUGGUUUUUAUGAUGGUCUUAGCGGCCAUCAUACGCUGAGCCCCCGGCGGCCGAUGGAGCGAGUCUGUACUGCCACCAAUCUACAAAGGACCAGAGUUUCUUUUCUUCUUCUUUUUUUGUACGUGGCGAGCGUUGGCCUGGCGAAGGGAAGAACGUUGUCUCGGCUUCUGAGUCUCUCCGUGCCCGGCCGGGCUGCCAACGCGGACUGUGCCGAACGCAGCGGGAGCGGAUUAAAAGGCAUUAUCACACCUUGUCACAAACAGCCUAACCGAGCACCUACAACAAAAAAAGCCAACCUUACAAAAACCCAGAUAACAGGGAUGGUAGCCAACCGGACAGAUGGACUGUAUCCAUGCUCUUGUGAAAUCCCGUUCAUUUGAGAGCGCUCUGAACGACCCCUCCAAUUACCGAAAGGAACAUAAUUGCUGUAAAAACGAUCACCAGUUAAGCCUACACCGUUUCUCUGAAAGUGAGUGCAAGGACACUGAUACUCAUGUAAUAAGGACAUUGGUUCUCCCACGUUUUAGCCCUUUCGGCUCCAAACCCAGAGGUCAAAGUUGGCUGGGAAUCUCUUAGAAGACAAUCUCAAACCCCUGAAUAUCUCAGGCACUACAGCAGAACAGGGCUUGCCUGCUGGGCUUGGAGUAGCCAACAACCAAAGGAAAGACUGAUUAGAGGUGGAAUUAAACAACAAACCCAACACUUAAAGAAAUGAGGUAUCCACAGGAGGUGCGUUUUUUUUUGUAACCAUGUUCACACGUCUGAAAAAAAAAUCAACCCCAACAAAUGCACAGGCUCCCCCCUUCCCCUCAGUUAUCCAUAUGUAUGUCUUAUAAUGUUUAUAAACUAUAUGGAAACUAUAUCUUCAGAGCUAAGGAUUGUAUUGUUGAAUUUAUAGCAGACCAGUAUAUGAUUUUUUUUUUUUUUCUCAAGAAAACAAACCGGCAGCAGUGCCUACAGAUGCUGAAAGCCAUCAGGCGGGCUCAGUACGCGCGGGGGAACCACAGCGGACCAAUGUUCUCAGCAAUUCAGAGCACUAAACUUUGGGAGGGGUGGGGGGGGUUGUGUACGAUGCAGCAAAGCCCACGUCCAGAGAGCCAGACCUCACCCUUACUUACAUCCUGAUUUGUAACUGGGGGGAGAGCGAGAUUAAUUAGUCCAAAUAAAUAGAGCCAUAGAGCUCUGUCUCCAGAGAGCGCUGCGAGGCCCCGGGGAGGAGAGGGGCUUUUUCGGGGCUGGAGGCAGAGAGGGGCUUCCCAGCCGUGUCGGUGGCGUGAGGACCUUUAUAGCUGGACUAAGGUUUUCACUGGGGCAGCAAGGAGCAGUUCCCAGGCUGCAGAUACUCCUGACAGUGUCAGGAGAGGUUUUAUUUCUUAAAAGAAUCAAGUUGUGUCACAGGAAGAGGCAGAAAGGGGGAAACUGCAGCUGGGAGAGGACCAGCGAGAAGCGCAGUGCCCAGGGUUUCUGGUCCGCCAUAGGAGAGAAAAAAUACAUGGUCCAAGAGAGCCAUACGAAGGGGGUUGUGGCCAGGUGGAGGAGAGGGAGCAGAUCUGCUUGUUCCCCUCAUCCCGAAUUGAACCCCGUGGCAGAGCGGUGCAUUUGCUGGUCGGGGGCACGGCGGAGCCGGCGGCAUCACCGAUGGCAGCCCACGGGCCCGGGGAGGUGCUGCCCAAAUUCCGCAGUCGGUGUGAAUUCCCUGUCAGUGUGGAUAUGUGAGACCAAACAGACACUGAAGUUAAUGAAACAAGGGAAAUAAAAGUGAUCUUGGACAAGAAAAGGCUGCUGUUCUUUUCGUAAUGAUAUCCCAGCGACGCAACGUUUCUAGCCCGUAGCUCACGUGUGGGGCUGGAAAGCCCAAAGGAAACGGCUCGUGUUUUCCAUCAGACACACCACUAGCUUCAGGAAAAACGGGCCAGCUCAGGACAUCCGCUCUCCCAGCCGCUUUGGGGAUGGGGAGAGGGUAUUUACGCAGCAGCAGAUCCCCUGGAGGCAUCUGGAAAUGAAAAGGGAAACUCCCAAGCGAAAAAAAAAAGAAAAAAAAAAAAGAAAAAUUCCCUGAUACGCUUAUUUUUAAGAGCAGUUGGGUGCUGGGAGCGGCAGCUGGGGGGGGCCCGGUGUCCUCUGCCCACCUCGCAAGCGAGGAGGGGCAGGGGCGUGGAUGCUUUGCUUUUAAAUACCCUUCUUGGGGAACAGCAGGAGUAACUCUGGGAGGGGAAAGGAAGAGGUUACUUCAUCAAGCCCUCUCCCUUCCAGCUCCUACCCAAACUUUUCUGUCUACAGGGCUCUGAAGCUCCACUAAAGGGAUGUCCAAUGCAGCCAGAACAAAUAAUCCGUGAUCUGAAAUAGCUCCCUCAUGUCCUACUCUCUAUAACCAAUAGCAACUGAAUGAGUCUGGCACUGUCCCUUAGAAGUGGAGAAUGUUGUUAUGUUGGUUAUUUCGUUUCAUACUCUGGAAAUCAAAGCUCUCUGUGGGAGAAUGAAGAAGAGAAGCACUUUAUUAAUUUUUUUUAAGUCCGUGUGUAACUUCUUUAAUAUAGGAGUGAAAUGUCAGCACAGGAGAUGCUAAUGUUUUAUAAAUGAUUUGGGUGC